AUGGCGCAGUGGCUGCUCGUUGCGGAGCUGACAUGCGUACGCUGCGUGUUUUUCAUCUGCGGGAUCAUCACCGUAUCCUCGUUAACAAUAACGCAGGGGGAGUUCGCCGGUCGCUGCAUGCUGUACGGGACCGUCCACUACAAUGCAUCCUCCAGUGAGUUCUGCGUGGAGUCUUCCAGCAACGCCUCCCUCUGCUACUUCGUCUCUGCCAUCUCCAUCCUGAUCGCCAUCUACUGCUUCUCCGUGGUGCUGUACUGGGUCUACGCCCGCUGCGUUGAUGAGGUUCAACGGGGCUCCGUGUGGAUGACACUCUCUCUCUGCAUCGCUGUCACAUUCCUGUUCUUCCUGCUCGUCUCCGGCUGUAUCCUGAACAUUGGACUGAACGGGCUCUGUCAGUCCAUCACUGCGGCCAAGGAUUUAAAGAGUUGCCAGGCUGCUCAGCUGGAGAAGUGGAGCGCACCUAACAAGUCCUCUCUGUUUUACACCAGCCUUCACAACGCACAGGUCUCUGCCUGGGUGAAUUUCUUCUUCUGGGUCGUGGCUCUGAUUCUGCUGAUCGUCCAGAGGAAGCGAGGGACAUGGUUCACACAGCUGAGCGGCACAGGGGACCCUGAGACUGACCCCAUCUUCCACAGACCCCACUGCUUGCUGAGUUUCCGGACCUGCCUCUCCCGCGCCUCGAAGGCGAUCUUCGUGUCCAGCAGCCCGGUCACGGCUCUCUUCAUCUCGGCCAUGUCGAGCUCCGCUUGCACGUACUUGUCCCGGAGCUCCCGGUUGUCUCGGCGCAGCUCCGCGAUCGCCAGCCGGGUCUCCUCGUUCUGCUGCCGGCAGCGGUUCUUGAGCGUCUCCGCCUCGGACAACAGCGUCUCCACGCUGCGCACCACCGACUCGACCUGGUCUCUAGACAUCGCCACACCCUGGGGGGCAAUUAACAAAAUAAACUGGGGGGGGGGGGGCUGGGUGCUCCAGUGGUUGAAGAAAAGGGGUUCCCGACCCCAGGAGGUUCAAAACCCGUUCUGUGCGGGACCCAGAGCGAGCCACUUCACCUCCUAAUGAUGAUGAAGCAGAGUUCACCCCCCUGGUCUCUGCGAGUCUCUUUGGAUAAAAAGCAGCUGCUAGCUAAUAAUAAAGAGGCUUUU